UUGGUGCUGGGACCUCGUCACCUCCGCACCAUCAACGGACUCUUCUCGUCGCAUACUUCUUUACAGAAAUGUGUCUGCGCGUGGAAGGGGGAGAGGGCAAGUGUGUCUGUGCAUGUGAAUAUGUAUACCACGAACAAGUAAAGACAAGGGAAUUAUUUUGAGCCACCGAGAUAUUUCAACACAUCUUCUUUGAGAUCUAAAGGAAGUCGCAGUAAACACAUUCAGAAGAAUGUCGAUUUUGAACAACAGCAGCAGGGACGGACAUACGCUGCAAAUAAAAUCGCAGUGACUCGAUCGCUUUGAUCUUAUUUUUUCCCUUUGACUAAGUGCUCGAUAUACACACCAGCGCAUUUUAAAACAAACUUUACAUCAAAGCCAGCGAAGAUUGAAUGGAUAGCCUUUGUCAUUUUGUAUCCUGUUUCUGUUCAUUUUUGUGAAACAAUCUAAAUAAUCCAAGACGCGGUGGAUGCUUACAUUUGCAAAGGACAACUUGGAUUUUGUUAAAGAAAUCUAAACUGGAUAAAGAAUUUGAUUAUCCAACACUAUUAGAAUAGAAGCUGAUCCUUUCAAGGCACAACACAUCUUCUAUCUGGACUUGAAUGAGCUUCCUGAUGAGAGAUCCAGUCAUACAAGGAUCGAGUAUGGCAUACCACCCGUUUUUACCUCACCGGGGUCCGGAAUUUGCCAUGAGUGCAAUGCUGGGUCACCAGCCGCCGUUUUUCCCGGCCCUGGCGCUGCCGUCCAAUGGCUCCCUCUCCCUGCCCGGCGCGCUGGGUAAGCCCAUUAUGGACCAACUCAUGGGCGCUGCAGAGACCGGCCUCCAUUUCUCGUCGUUGGGACAUCAGACUGCCGCUGCCGCUGCUCAUCUUAGGCCUCUAAAGACUCUUGAGCCAGAGGAGGAGGUGGAGGACGACCCAAAAGUUCACCUCGAAGCAAAAGAACUUUGGGAGCUCUUCCACAAGUGCGGCACAGAAAUGGUUAUCACUAAAUCAGGAAGGCGAAUGUUUCCUCCGUUUAAAGUGAGAUGCACUGGCUUAGACAAGAAAGCCAAAUAUAUUCUGUUGAUGGAUAUAGUAGCGGCUGACGACUGUAGAUAUAAAUUUCACAACUCGCGCUGGAUGGUGGCAGGCAAGGCUGACCCCGAAAUGCCAAAGCGGAUGUACAUUCACCCCGACAGUCCGGCCACUGGAGAGCAGUGGAUGUCCAAAGUCGUCAACUUUCACAAACUUAAACUCACAAACAACAUCUCUGACAAGCAUGGAUUUACGAUUCUUAACUCCAUGCACAAAUACCAGCCAAGAUUUCACAUUGUGAGAGCCAACGACAUUCUGAAACUCCCAUACAGUACGUUCAGAACUUACGUUUUCCCCGAGACAGAUUUUAUUGCUGUAACUGCAUACCAAAACGACAAGAUAACACAGCUAAAAAUUGACCACAAUCCCUUUGCUAAGGGAUUUCGCGAUACUGGGAAUGGAAGAAGAGAGAAAAGGAAACAGUUGGCCUUGCAAUCCAUACGAUCCUACGAGGAGCAACAGAAAAAGGAGAACGGCACUUCUGACGACUCCUCCGGCGAACAGGCUUCCUUUAAAAGUUUUCGUCAGGCCUCAUCUCCCGCGGUGUCGACCGUAGGGCAACCUAAUUUAAAAGACUUCUGUGACAGCGAAGAAGACAGUGACGAGGACGACAAAGAUGGAAAUUUAAAGGAAGGGCCAGACUCUAGCAAAAUAUCCACUACUACCGAGGAUACCAAGGAUCACGAGGGCACGUUAGGGAAAGGCCAUCUCUACGGAGACAGUGACUCUGCCACCCGACUAAAAGAGAGCGUCGGCAGGACAGAGAAAAGCAGGGCAGAUUCACGGCAGAGCCCCGUUACGGUCAUUUCCAGCACCACCCGGUCCAGCGAAGACCUCAAAAGUCCCGGUCGAGAGCAGACCAAAGCGGACCACUGCAGGUCGAUAAGCAAAGAGAACUACACGCCACUGACUGUACAGACAGACACCGGCGCGCACUUAAACCAGAGCCACUUGCACAGUUUUGGAUUUCCACCGGGCUUGGCUGGCCAGCAAUUUUUCAAUCACUUAGGCGGCGCCCAUCCUUUCCUUUUGCAUCCCGGUCAGUUUAAUAUGGGAGGCGCGUUUUCAAACAUGGCUGCAGGGAUGGGGCCUUUAUUGGCAGCGGUAUCCUCCGGAGGAGUUAGCACCAUGGACACGGCCAGCAUGGCGUCACCAUCGCAAGGCCUGACGGGAGCUCCAGGAGUGCCUUUUCAUUUGCAGCAACAUGUCUUGGCAUCACAGGGCUUGGCAGUGUCUCCAUUUGGAGGUCUGUUCCCAUAUCCUUACACGUACAUGGCAGCCGCAGCAGCUGCCAACUCUGCAGCCACGUCCUCCGUUCACCGUCAUCCUUUUCUUAACGCUGUGCGUCCACGGCUAAGGUACAGCCCGUACUCCUUACAGAGUGUUCCGGACAGCACUUUGCUUACUACAGCCAUACCUUCCAUGGCAAGUGGCGCCAUCGAUCUGAAGGGAGACGGUAUGGCCGCGAGUCCCGUUUCGGCCACUUUGGACUCAAGCUCUGAGGUCACUAGUCGAUCUUCAACCAUGUCAUCUGGCUCAGUCUCCCUAUCACCAAAAACGUGCUCCGAGAAAGAUUCAAGCAAUGAGUUGCAGAGCAUUCAGCGACUGGUCAGCGGACUCGAUUCAAAGCAAGACAGAUCACGAAGCGUGUCUCCGUAACUUGAUUUACGUGAGCGAUGGUCGCUGUCAACAAGAAUGAUCCCCUUGCGAAUUAUAAGUACAUUAAUAAGGAUUGUGUACGACGACGCCCUUCCUAGCGAAAGCGGGUUUACAAUACGGACCUAUACAUAUUGUGAAAAAUGUUAGAUUUUAAAAUGCACUUUGGUAAUACACAAACAAACAUUUAGUACGUACGUUUCUGUUUUGUUAAGUUAAAACAGUACAGUUUUCCUGUUAAUUGAAUAGGCUACCGUAGAAGUAUUGAAAGUGAACAGCUUGGCAAUGAUAUGUCACAGAUCGAAUACGCUGCUGCUGUCGUAUCUAUGUUUUAUGUCAAGUUGCUGGGGUGAAAUGGAUUAAUUUAAUAUGCACUCGUAUGUUUUAGUUUAUUUAGAUAUCUCUAUCUUAUAAAGACUGCUGUGUUUGAAUUUUCAGUUAUCUAUUUGAAGUCUGUCAUUAUCGCCAUAUGGAAGCAAGCGUUUGCAUGUCAUAAGACCACGACUGCCAGUUUGCUGUCGUAGCGUGUAUUUUUUGGAUUACCAAAUACCUAUCAAUUAGAGUUAAAUGCAAAACGGAAUAAUCAAGAUGAGGCAGUACUUGCACGGGUUUAAUUUCACCUCAUGUAUAGAAUAAUUUGAGUAAACAACUGCAAAAUCUGUUUAACAAAACGUUUUUAAACAAGUAGUAACAAUUCCAAAAAUUGCCCCAGCCGGUCAACAGAUACACGGGCAAAUAGACUGUAGUUAUGGGUUAAAUCCUUUGACAUUGUUGGUUACCACGUGGUACAAAAACUGCAUACUGAAUCCAGCAUUGAAAUUAAUUGGGAAAGGGGAUUCUAAAAAAGACGGAUAUGGUUAAGACUAUAAUGUAAAUAGUGACAUAUACUGUAGUUACAAAAUAUUUAUGUAAUUAUUUCAUAAGGAUAUUGCGUGUAAAUAUGAUGGAGUUCAUUUUUUUCUGGGGUUCUGUCCUUAAUUUAUUGUUGAUAUACCUGUGUAAAAAUAGUUUGUGAGGUAUUAUCCUGGUUUAUGACAUUCUCAUUUACAUCCUUCUGACUAUGGAUUGUAAUGUACCCCAAACACCCGCACUGCUAGGUUUUCUAGCGGACACAUUUACGUGCCAUCGUUCCAUUUACUGUUGUCUGUGUUUAAGUGCUUCUGUUCAAACUAAUUAAAGGCGACAGCACAUUUCGCCAGUUGCUUCAAAUUGA